AGUUAGCAGCACGGUUUCAACCCCGCCGCGAACGCCACCAACCGGUUCGCGCCACAACGCCCCAGGCAUGGCGCUCCUCCUCUUCCUCUUCGUCCUUCUCUGCUUCGCCGCCGCCGCGGCUGAGUCAUCUCGUUCUCCGGCCACCUCGCUCUUCGUCCUCGGUGACUCCACCGUCAGCUGCUCAGCCAGCAUUCUCCCCCUCAACCUCACCGCACCCUCCCUCCCCGCCGGCCCGUGCCUCUUCCCCUCCGCCCGCCGCCUCCUCCCCGACCACCUCGCCGCCAAGAUGGGCCUCUCACCGCCGCCCCUCAUCUCCACCCUCAACGGCACCGCGGCCGCCGCGGCCAGGGGCGUCAACUUCGGCGGCCAGUACGGCGACCGCGGGAUGUUCCGCAUGGGCGCCGUCGGGCAGCAGCUCCGCCUGGCCGCCGAGACGCUGCAGCUGCUGCAGCUCGAGGCGGGCACUCCGCAGGACGCCUCGGCCGCCGCGGCGGGCGCGGUGUUCGUCCUGUCCUUCGGCACCGAUGCGUACGCGCGCCUGCUCGCGCGCGGGCCCGCCGAGGCCGACGCCGCCGCGCCCAAGCACGGCCGCCGCGGGCUCGGGCGCCUCCUCGCCGACCGCAUCGCCCGCGCCGUCUCAGAGCUGUACGAGGCGGACGUGAGGAGGGUGGCGGUGAUGGGGGUGGCGCCGCUGGGGUGCGCGCCGCGCGUCAUGUGGGAGGGGCCGCGCGGUCUGGGCGGCGGCCGCGGCUGCGUGGAGGAGGCGAACGAGCUGAUCGAGGGGUACAACGCCAGGCUCGCGGCGAGGCUGGACGACCUGCGGCCGCAGCUGCCAGGCGCCGCCGUCGUGUUCUGCGACGUGUACAAGGGGAUGAUGGAGAUCCUCUCGAAUCCCCGCAGAUACGCAGGGUUGGAGGACACGAGGGAGGCAUGCUGCGGUCUGGGCCCGUUCAAGGCGACGGUGGGUUGCCUGAGCAAGGAGAUGGCGUGCGCCGCGCCGGAGCGGCACCUGUGGUGGGAUCUCUACAGCCCCACCGAGGCUGUCGACGCCCUCGUCGCCAACUGGUCCUGGGGGUCGUUAUCGUCAUCGCCGCCGCCGGAUUCGGCCUCCGGCUCCGGCUCCGGCGUGACGAUGAUGAGCAUCUGCAGUCCCAUGUCGCUGCAGCAGCUGGCGUAUGGUUAGUAUUGUCGAGCGUACAUAAACGACAGACACGAGGGUCUACAUAUAUGGACCGAUUGAUCGAUGGACGACAUCAAAAAGAUGCUUUCUUGCUUUCUCAUCAACCAAAAGAAUAGGAGCAGGAGGCGGCAUCAUCUAUCAUGUUUCCCGGACGCGCGCGUUGGGUUGGGCCAGGCUGCCGUCCGUGU